AUGUCCCAGACGCAGGUGUAUUGGAGGUCAGAGGACAGGCAGGAGAUCAGAACCAAGCAGAGCGAUGUAGGCAGAAUAAUCCAGAGGGUGAAGCCAAACCUGGUUGGUUGUCAGAGCUACGUAGGAGGUCAGAUUUUCAGUGAGGCACUGAAGGAGACUCCAAGAAGGAGUCAGGUCACAGUUCCAGGUUCCGUUGUUGUUGAAUCUCAGGUGGAUUGCCCAUUCAAACUGGACAUGGCUCUAAACUCUGUUGAUGACAUGUACGAUGGCUGUGAAACGGAGAUGCAGAACCGUACACUGAAAGAAUAUUUACAAAAGGAGCAAAACAACAAGAACUUCAAAAAAGCCUGGAAAGCAGCAGAAAUAUAUUACAACAAUAACUUGUGGAAUGAACGACAGCUAAGCAAAAACCAAAUCAAGGCUCUUCAUGCUUACACCCUUAGCAGACCACAAUUAUAUCAAGAAUUCAACAAAGCAGUCCGUGAACAAAAGGCUCAGUACCAAACUGAUUUUCAUUAUCACACACUUCACUUCUAUCUUACCAUGGCCCUGCGCUCCCUCAAAAACGGAUCAGAAGAAUGUGUCACGAGUUACCGGAGAACACCUUGCAAAUUCCAAAAAGAUGUUGUUAAUAAUAAAAUUCGCUUUGGUUCCUUUACCUCUAGUUCAAAGGAUGACUAUAGCGAAAAAGGGUUUGGUACUGAAUCGUGCUUUGAGAUCUACACCUGCUUUGGAGCAGACAUCUCUCCUUUCUCUAAGUUUGAAAAUGAAAAAGAGGUCCUGAUCCCUCCCUAUGAGGUUUUCAAAGUAACGGAGAUAGAGGAAGAAUCCACCAAGAAACUUCCAUGUAAGGUUGUCUAUAAACUGCGAAGCACAAGAGAAACCCGUUCUUAUCUAAACUGUGACCUCUUCACACAAUGUGUAGUAGGUUAAUAAUGAAAUAUCCAGAAAAGUAGUGCUGUGGAAAGUUAGACAUACUUUGAGUACUUCACUUUCUAUACCAUAAAAAGUAAUCCUGUACCUAUACUGCCAUGCUAUUUCUGUUAAAACCCCAUAGCCUGUCCCACUGAACUGUGCCUUAAACUGAGGCGAGUACGUAGGUCCAUAAAUGCAGACACUUAUAAAAAUUAUUACUUAAAAGUGUCAGUAUAAUCAAUUCAAAUGUGUUGUUUUAUUCUAUAGUGGUUUUAUCAACAGGUUUGUUUUAGAUGUUUAUAUCUAUAGACAGGAAUUAACUCCUGCAGCAGUCAGUUUUACAGCAAAUCUGGAAACAGAAAAAGGCCUAAUGAUUAAAAUAAUAGAGUCUGAAUGGCAAACAAAUAAAUACAAAUAAUUUGUUUGACUUUUUUGUACAACUAUUUGCAAUGUACUGGAAUGCAUAUAUAACUAGCACUUAAUCUGACUAUUUAAUUCACAUAAUUUGAAUCUGAAACAAAAUGUAUCUGCUUCUAACUUGUUUGUGUUGUAAAGUGA